GCAUGCUUGAUCGAGCCGCUAGAAACUCGAAAUUCUGAACUGUGGAACGUAGGCAAGCGACAGCCGGUGACAAUCACAGCGGGACAGGAGUAGAAGUUUCGUGAAGAUCAGGAGAGGCAGGUAAGACUGCAGUCCAAACUAACAGUGUAACAGAUCAGCGGUCGGUCAGUCCAAUAGUUUCCGCGAGAUGGCAGGUCUGAGAAAGAAACUGGUCAUCGUUGGGGACGGCGCGUGUGGAAAGACAUGUCUCCUCAUCGUGUUCAGCAAAGACCAGUUCCCGGAGGUCUACGUGCCCACAGUGUUUGAGAACUAUGUGGCGGAUAUUGUUGUGGACAGCAAACAGGUUGAGCUAGCCCUGUGGGAUACCGCCGGUCAGGAGGAUUAUGAUAGGUUGAGGCCCCUUUCUUAUCCAGACACAGACGUCAUACUCAUGUGCUUCAGUAUUGACAACCCGGACAGCUUGGAGAAUAUAACGGAGAAGUGGACACCGGAGGUAAAACACUUUUGCCCAAGUGUACCAAUCAUUCUAGUGGGGAACAAGAAAGAUCUGCGGAAUGAUCAAACCACUAUUGAAGAACUCGCAAAGCUCAAACAAAGUCCUGUCAAAACUGAAGAGGGGAGGUCGGUUUCGGAGAGAAUUGGAGCUGCAGCUUAUGUCGAGUGCUCCGCGAGAACAAAGGAAGGAAUCAGGGAAGUGUUCGAAGUCGCUACCAGGAAUGCGCUGAAAACCAAAAAGAAGAUCCGCAAGAGGAAGUGUAGACUUUUGUAAACUGCAUUUUUGUGUGUAUGUUAAUGUAUCUUGUAUCGUCCCUGAGUGAACAAAUUUUUGCCUUAAAGCUGUACUAAUCACCAUGAUGGCAGUUCCCCCCACCCACCCCCCCUCCCCCAAUCCCACCAGGCUUUGAGCUUAG